UUGAUGCUCUUCACGAGAAUCCGCUGGAGGAGGAGGACCGCAGGCGUUGAGAGUGAAAGAAGUGAUGAAGGGCGAAGAGAUGCUGCAGCAUUGUCUGAUGUCGAAGUCCUCGGAAAGCGAGGGGAAGGAGGACGAACAGGCGGUGGUGAUCGACGAUCCUCCCUUGACGUGGAAUGCCGGUAGUGCCGCCAUGGGAGGCAGCAAGAAGAGGUUGCUCUCGAAGCAGCUGUCGAUGAGAGAGACAACGAGGGAGGCCAAGUGGGAGAAGCGGAGAAGGCAGACACUGCACAGGAGGCACAUGAUGAUGGAGGCGGGAAACGAUGAGGAGAAGGCCGUCGAGAAGGAGCCCGGCGAUGACGGCGAGAGGAGGCUGAGCGGAAGAGUGAAGAGCCUGACCGAUGAGGACCUUGAUGAGCUGAGGGGAUGCAUAGAACUCGGGUUCGGGUUCAGCGAGGAGGAAGGCGGCCAUGACCUCCGCCACACCCUCCCCGCACUCGACCUCUACUUCGCCGUAAACCGUCAGGUCUCUGACCCCAAGCUGUGGUCCUCGCCGAGCCCUGCCUCGACCCCGACCUCCACCUCGUCUCCGUCAACCUUGUGCGGCCCUCUGAGCCCCCGCAGCCCCGAUGAGCAGACGCGUUCCGGCUCUUCCGAGGCCUGGAAGAUAUUCAACCCAGGAGACAAUCCGCAGCAUGUGAAGGCGAGACUGCGGCACUGGGCGCAGGCUGUGGCGUGCUCUCUCAAGCAAAGCAACUGACAGCGAUCUCAUGCACGCGAACCCUUCCGAGAGAAGAAUCGGCAGAUCUAUUCGAGUCAUCUCUCACAUCCAUUCUACUUCAUCAUCCCCUAUUUGACACUCACUGCGAACUGUUGCUGUUUGAUGUCGUCGGUUCAUCAGCCCACUCCUUUUCUUCUUGUUUCUUUUCUCUUUUUUCUAGUGUCAUCAGCACCAUUACAUGGAUAGUAAAUAGGAAGAAAAUAAGCUUGCACCCAUGGACGGAAUCAUUGCAUGCAGCCUGUCACCAAGAGAGAUGAUCCAAGAGCAGCAAGUCAACUUGGUGAAUUCAAUGGGAAGCAAUAGUUUUUCUGGUACCAUUUUUGCAGUUUGUCUUCUCAC